AUGUCGUGUGCCUCCAAAAAAUCAUGCGAAGGCUGCGCAUGCCCCAAGCCUUCAGCCCCGCCACAAAUAGAAGACUGCAUUGAUGAACUCAAAGCCCUCCGGAGACGCAACCAAGAACUAGAGACAAGACUGAGUCUCGCAGCCGAGAAUGGCACGAAAGCAAUCAUCCGGCAACCGGGCCGAACACUGCGGUCAUCAGCCUGGUUCGACUGCCGCAGUGACCCCGGUAUGACAGCCAUUUACAUGGAGCGGUAUUUCAAUUAUGGCAUUACGCGCGAGGAACUCAUGUCCGGCAAGCCGAUGAUUGGAAUUGCCCAGACUGGUUCCGAUAUUGCGCCGUGUAAUCGGCAUCAUAUUGAGUUAUCCAAGCGAGUCAGGGAGGGCAUUCGGACUGCGGGUGGUAUUGCUUUUGAGUUUCCUACGCAUCCUAUUCAGGAGACUUCCAGACGACCUACUGCGACGCUAGAUCGCAAUUUGGCGUAUUUGAGUAUGGUGGAGGUUUUGACCGGGUACUUCCUUGAUGGAGUUGUUAUGUUGACUGGGUGUGAUAAGACUACCCCGGCUUGUUUAAUGGCUGCGGCUACUGUGAAUAUUCCUGCUAUCUGUCUUAAUGUUGGCCCGAUGUUGAAUGGGUAUUCUGAAGGCGCCUUAGCUGGCGCGGGUACCGUACUUUGGAAGGGACGAGAGAUGUAUGCCACUGGCGAAAUUGACGACGGUGAAUUUAUGGAUUAUAUCUCCAGAGGAACCCCCUCUGUCGGCCACUGCAACACAAUGGGUACUGCGUCAACUAUGAAUGCUCUCGCAGAAGCCCUCGGCAUGGCACUACCAGGCUCAGCUGCCAUUCCAGCAGCGUACCGCCACAGAGGCCAAUGCGCCUACGAAACCGGAAAGCAGAUCGUGGAGAUGGUGGAGUCCGAUCGCAAACCAAGCGACCUGAUGACCCGCGAAGCAUUCGAGAACGCAAUCGUGGCAAACGCCGCAUUUGGCGGAAGUACCAACGCUCCCAUUCAUCUCCUCGCUAUCGCCCAGCAUGUGGGCGUCGAGCUAUCAAUGGAUGACUGGGAUACUCUCGGAUCACAGAUUCCUCUUCUGCUGAAUAUGAUGCCAUCCGGCGAGUACCUUGGUGAAGAGUACUUCCGUGCCGGAGGUCUUCCAGCAAUUAUGGCUGAGCUUUUGGAUGUUGGGAAGAUCCACGGUGAUGUGUUGACAUGUAAUGGAAAGACGAUGGCUCAGAAUGUCCGUGGGAAACAUUCUUGGGAUCGCCGCGUGAUUCGUCCGUAUGAUGAUCCUCUUAUGAAAGAAGCAGGAUUCAUCCAUUUGAAGGGUACGCUUUUCGAUUCGGCAAUUAUGAAGACCUGCGUUAUCUCUCCUGCUUUCCGGGAAAGAUACCUCUCGAAUCCGGAGGAUCCUAUGGCGUUCGAAGGAUCAGUCAUGGUAUUUGAUGGACCGGAAGAAUACCACAGCAAAGUGGAACACUUGCCAGAGAUUGAUGACAAGACCAUCCUUGUCAUGCGCGGUGUUGGACCUUUGGGAUACCCCGGUGCUGCAGAGGUUGUGAACAUGCACCCUCCAGGCAGACUUUUGAAGCAAGGCGUGGACGCGCUGUUCUGUAUUGGCGAUGGACGGCAAUCGGGAACAUCAGGGAGCCCCUCCAUUUUGAAUGCCAGUCCCGAGGCUGCUGCGGGUGGAAAUCUGGCUAUCCUUCGCAAUGGAGAUAAGCUGCGGAUUGAUCUGCCAAAGCGACGAGUGGAUAUUCUUAUCAGUGAUGAAGAAUUGCAAGAACGAAGAAAAGAGAUGCUAUCUAAGGAAUAUCCUCUUGUCCCGAGUGCUACGCCUUGGCAGGAGAUCUUCCGUCAGGAAACGAAUCAGCUAUCCGACGGCAUGGUGCUGCGGAAGGCUGUGAAAUACCAGCGUCUGGCGCAACAAAACGAAGCCCCGAGGCACAAUCAUUAG